UAUCGACUUUGAUAUCGAUAUCGAUAUCGGUGAUCAUCGAGCCAAUUUACCGCUCUUUUGGAUCGAACAGCUGACCAAAAACGGGCUUUAAAGCUAAACUUUAACUAUUUCACGUUUCGCGAGUGUUUUAAAUCAUUAAUUAAUCGCUAUGACUAGUGGAAAAAUGCUGCACUUCAACUUAAUGGUGGCAGUUGGCGAAAACUUUGGCAUCGGCCUCAAAGGCGAUCUGCCCUGGCAUAUAAAAUCUGAACUGAAGUAUUUUAGCCGCACCACCAAGCGAACCAAUGACCCCGGCAAGCGCAAUGCCGUCAUCAUGGGCAAGAAAACGUACUUUGGGGUGCCAGAAAGCAAGCGCCCACUCCCGGAGCGCCUCAACAUAGUGUUGAGCACCACGAUGCAACCGGCGGAUCUGCCCGCCGACGUGGUUCUGCGCCCCAGUCUGGAGGCGGCGAUGCAUUACAUUGAGACCGAGGCGGACCAGAUCGAGAACGUUUGGAUAGUCGGCGGCAGCGGCGUAUAUGCUGAAGCCAUGGCAUCUGCGCGAUGCCACAAGUUGUACAUCACUAAAGUGCAGGGGAAGUUCGAGUGCGACACCUUUUUCCCCGCAAUCCCGGACGGGUUUCACGAGGUAGCUCUCGACGCCGGCACACCGGAGGGGUUGCAGGAGGAGAACGGCAUUAAGUUCGAGUACAAGGUACUGGAGAAACAAUUUGUUCAAUAAAAUUACUAACAGGUUUAUUUGCCCCGCA